GCCCACUCUGAUUUAUUGACUGCUCACUUUUUCCUGCUCCGUUUCUCUCUUACCUAACCUUCCCUAGCGUGAGUGAUUUGGUUGUAGAGUCCACCGACUGACACCAUUGCAGGGGGUUUCAAUACCAUCUUGUCGGCCCAGCCGUGUGGCUAGCAUCGCGCGAGAUCCUACCAAGAGGUCCGUCAAUUCGUCGACCAAGCAACCUGCGACGAGUAUUCCAAGAGCCAUACACUCAUCAUGUUGUCGUCCACUGCGCACGGCAACCUUCAUGACCGACAUCGACAACAUCGCCGGCAGAUCUCGACGCCGUCCGCCCUCGAUGCCAUGAAGGUGCCCAGUCUUCCCGCGCAAGCGAUGCAUCGUUACCACGCUCAUCGCCGCGGCCAGAGCUUCGACCACAGAUCUCUGCGUGUUCAACGAUCACAGUCCAUGCAAGAUGGUACCGUCUAUCCUACUAACCUACCAGUACCACAGCAACCCCCAAUCAUGCUUGGAGAAAGCCAGCAGCAGCAGCAGCAGUAUCUCUGUGUAGCGCAGCCGUCCUUUCCUCAGCAGCCAUCCCCCAUGCCCAUGAUGUCGGAGUGCCAGACCUUUAGCCCCGAAGAAUUGCAGCCUUUCGACCAUCGCAUUGGCCAGGACAGUCAACCGAACAUGGCUUAUAUCAAUGCAAACUUCAUCAAGGGCGGGGACCUGAAUAUGCAUUUCAACCUCAUGGAGCAACAGCAAUUACAAAGUUCGAAAGUCCCGUGCAACUCCGCGCUGGAGGGCCAAAUCCUCGAGAAUGCUGCCUGGGAUAUGUACCAGCAACACAACGCCGCAGCGACCUUCCCGCACCAAACCCUCCCCAUUGCUUCCGACGUGAGAAAACUAUCGGUGCAGUCGGACGCUAGCCCUUGCCAACAACCGCAUACGCCCAAGCACAGCAGCUCACAUUUUGUCCCUAUCACCCCAGCCACAACACCGUUCAAGAAGACAGUGGGUCUUGCCCACUAUGGUGGAGACAUCCAGUCAACGCCCACCAAGGGUCAGAACCCGUCCAUUCCCGGAUCAGCCCAGUCGUCGUAUAUGCAGCGAGCGAAGUCUCUCCAAGGAGUGGCUGGAACUACGUUUUCGCAGCAGAAGUUUGACAUGCCCUCCCCCUCGAACACAGCCUCAUUUGAAGUGGAUAAUUUUGAUACGUUUAACUAUGAGCAGGGUUCCAGUUUCGACAUUCCUAAGUCGGAGAGUCUAUCACAAAGCCAAUAUGCCUCGUCGUCGUCCGCAUCGUCGUCCUUUAUGUCGUCUCCAGAACUUGCAGCCAUGCCUUGUCCCGAGGAUGGCACUAAGGCACAGAAGCUGCCCAUCUACCCUGCUACUCCCAGCCGUGCGCACCAUGGAAAGACGCCGAGUGUGACGCCUAGCUCCACCGCAAAGGCCAGGCUUUCUCCACGGGUAGCAAAUAUCGACAGCCUCAACCUCGAUGCUCGAGUGCAGGCAUCCAUCAAAGAAACAGGUGUCACUAUCGAUGAGAUUGCGUCGUUCAUUCACGGACCAGACCCGGAGGAUGGAAAGUGGGUAUGCCUGCACCCUGGCUGCGAGCGUCGCUUCGGAAGAAAAGAGAACAUCAAGUCCCAUGUGCAGACUCAUUUGGGUGAUCGCCAGUUCAAGUGUGACCAUUGCGAAAAAUGCUUUGUCCGUGGACACGACCUCAAGCGGCACGCCAAGAUUCACACCGGGGACAAGCCUUACGAAUGUCUGUGCGGAAAUGUGUUUGCGAGACAUGAUGCCUUGACUCGGCACCGGCAACGCGGAAUGUGCAUUGGUGGCUACAAAGGCGUUGUACGCAAGACCAUGAAGCGGGGUCGUCCCAAGAAACACCGACCUGAGAUGGACGAGAGACAAGAGAAAUCGUUGAGAACGCGCCAGAGAAUCGCGGAGAAGACAUCAUUCGACUCUUCUGCCUCUGAUUCAUCCCGUAACACGCCUCCCUCCGACGUCUUCGAGAAUAUGAGUCUCCAUGGCUCGAGUCCCGCCGAAGAGAUGCCGGUCUUCACCGACCCCAACUAUUCCUUGCCGCCAGAGGUCUUCACGUUCACGCCUCCUCAAUCGCCCGGGCACAGCACUGGCAACGCAGCAUCACCUGCCCGCGAUCAGCGAUCGGUUACCCCCAGCACGGAGGACGAGAUGCUGCCUUCCUCGCCAUCGAAGCCUCCCUUCCAUAAGCUGAUCAGAGACCCUGGCUUGCCCUACAUGUCUGAUCCCGAGACUUGCCCGUACACCGAUGCUUCUGGCUCAGCCAGCCACACGCUGUCUUCUCCACAUGCAGCCCCUACUCUGUCCGAGUCAUCUCACGGCUCUGAUCUGGACAUCUUCAUCAGCCAGGAAUCGACCGCAAGUCUAGACCUCGCUGACCCAGACAUGGUUGCCUUCCCCGACUACGUCAACACCACGGCCUUUGAAACCGGGCUGGAUCUGUUCCCCAACAAGAACUUCUGCUCCGGUCCCGCCAUGGGUGACGACUUCUUCUUCCAAUUCCAGGUCGACGAGCCGCCCUCCGAUGUUAUGACCAAGGAAUUCUUCAUGGACUAAAAGACGAAAAAGAAAAAAAAAGUUACGAUGACGAUCUACACGCAACUUGACGAAAUGCGAAAAAAGAGACACGACACGAAUUUAAGAGAAAAACAAAAGACAAUGCAAUACAACGACAGACAGGCGAUUUGACGACGCGACGACUAGGCUUACCGGCCCAUGUGCAAC